AUGGCACAACCCCUCAGCAGGUCCCUCCUGGACUGCUUUCGCUCCUCAGCAACCACCACCUCGUCCUUCACCCACCGCAUCACCCACACCCUCCGCCACCACCUCCUCUGCACCCUCCCCACCUCCCAACGCCGCACCUACCUAGGCACCACCCAACGCCGCCGCGCCACAACGCAAUCCAACUCCCCCAUCUCCUCCCCCCACCCCAUAAUCAACCACCACUACGACGCCAUCGUAGUCGGGGCCGGCGGCGCUGGGCUCCGCGCGGCCGUCGGUCUAGCAGAGUCUGGACUGGAAACAGCAUGUAUAACGAAGUUGUUUCCGACGAGGAGUCAUACGGUCGCAGCCCAGGGCGGGAUUAAUGCGGCGCUGGGGAAUAUGACGGAGGAUGAUUGGAGGUGGCAUAUGUAUGAUACGGUGAAAGGGAGUGAUUGGUUGGGUGAUCAGGAUGCGAUUCAUUAUAUGUGUAGAGAGGCGCCGAAGGCGGUUUAUGAGUUGGAGAAUUAUGGGAUGGCUUUUUCGAGGACGGAAGAUGGACGGAUAUACCAGCGAGCACUUGGAGGGCAGUCGUUGAAGUAUGGUAAGGGUGGACAAGGAGUGAGGUGUUGCAGUGCCGCGGAUCGGACAGGACAUGCAAUGCUGCACACACUCUAUGGACAGAGCGUGAAGCACAACACGAAUUUCUUCAUCGAGUUCUUCGCGAUAGACUUGCUCAUGGUUGAUGGAGCGUGUGUUGGUAUUCUCUGUAUGUCCAUGGAAGACGGAACAUUGCACAGAGUGUUUGCGAAGAAUACAGUACUCGCAACAGGAGGAUACGGCAGGACAUACUUCUCCUGCACGUCAGCACAUACAUCGACAGGAGAUGGCAAUGCCAUGGCCGCACGAGCUGGUCUCCCCAACCAAGACUUCGAAUUUAUUCAAUUCCAUCCUACAGGCAUCUACGGCGCAGGUGUGCUCAUCACAGAAGGCUCUCGCGGUGAAGGUGGCUAUCUUCUCAACAGCAACGGCGAACGAUUCAUGGAACGAUACGCACCCACAGCGAAAGACCUCGCCUCUCGAGACGUUGUUUCUCGAUCGAUGAACAUGGAAAUCCGAGAAGGACGAGGAGUGGGACCCGACAAAGAUCAUGUAUAUCUCCAACUAUCACAUCUUCCCAAGGAACUAAUCAUGGAGCGAUUACCCGGAAUUGCAGAGACAGCAUCAGUGUUCUCCGGUGUGGACGUGACGAAAGAACCAGUCCCAGUCUUACCAACCGUCCACUACUGCAUGGGUGGCGUACCCACAAACUGGAAAGGAGAAGUCCUGAACGUGGACCCCAUCACAGGAGCCGAGAAACCCGUCGAGGGACUCUACGCAGCCGGUGAAGUCGCCUGUGUCUCAGUCCACGGCGCAAACCGCCUCGGCGCCAACUCACUCCUCGAUAUUGUCGUCUUCGGCCGAGCUUGCGCCUUGGAUAUCGCCGCGAACUUCGAAAAGGGCAUGCCACAUAAGAAAGCACCCGAAGACAUUGGGAUGAAGGAACUCAACGCCAUGGAGGAUAUCCGAAACGCCGACGGCGACAAGCUAGGAGCUGAGAUCCGAAGCGACAUGCAAAAAGUCAUGCAAGCGGACAUCUCCGUCUUCCGCACGAAAGAAGCCCUGGAAAUCGGCAACGAGAAAAUCCAGAAAGUCCAGGAAGAUUUCCGGGACCGCUUAGCCGUGAAAGAUAAGAGCAUGAUCUGGAACUCGGAUCUGAUUGAGACGUUGGAGAUGCGGAAUUUGCUUACUUGUGCGGCGCAGACGGCGAAGAGUGCGGUGCUCAGAGAGGAGAGUAGGGGUUCUCAUGCGAGGGAGGAUUUCCCGGAUAGGAAUGAUAAGGAGUGGAUGAAGCAUACCCUGAGUUGGCAGAAGGAUAAUGCGGAUGAGGUAAAGAUUGGGUAUAGGAGGGUGGUGAUGGAUACGUUGGAUAAGGGGGAAAUGGAGAGUAUACCGCCGGUUAAGAGGACUUAUUAG